AUUUCAUUCCAACCCGAUUUUUCAACCCAUUCAAUAUUCAAAAUUCAUUCUUCACAAGUUCCACUUACACUCUCCCGUCUCCGCCGACCUCGACUUUGUACUUCUCGAUCUGCCGCUCAGGGAAGAUUCCACAUUUCCACCGGCCUCCGACGUUCGAGCCCUAGACGCAGCACCUUCGAGCCGGGCAGCCGGCAGCAGUUCUUCGAAUCUACAUUUCCACCAACGAUUCGACGGCAGAAGAAGAAGACCUAGAAGUUCCAGGCCUGUGAAGCCCUCGAGCCUGAUUCGGUGAAUCCUGAAGCCUGCUCAAGUCUCGAUGUACUCUGUGACUCUGUCAACAAAUUGCAGGAUUGGCAAACUGGUAUAGUUGAUAGAUUCUAAGCUCAAGUUUCCACUCAGAAUGGCAAAAUAUUAUAACAUUGAUGACAUAUUGGCAGAAGAGGAGCUUGUUCCAGCUGUGUUUCAACAUGCUGCAAAUGGGGUUGGGCUUUUUGACUCUAGUGAUGAUACAAAUAAGGUGGAAGCUGGAUCAAAAGUAGAACUGCCCUUCUGGCUGGUUUGUGAGUUGUAUUUGAGGCAACUUGUCUCCAUUAUGGUCCCACCAUGUUUUGACAAAGAAUCCAAAACACGGGAGGAAAUUGGGGCUGAUGCUGCACACGUGGAUCUAAGAAGUAGAUGUCCAUACUUUUAUGAAUUAGGAUGCAAGAUUGCACCACUUAUCGGUGACAAAACCAUAGGGCCGUUCCUUCUCGUUGCAUUUCGGAUCAGAUACAAGGAAGUCUUGAUCAAGGCCCACAACUUGACACUGGCCGUGGCUCCCAAGUACUUGACACUUCUAACCAAUGAAGAAGCUAAAUUGUACGAGGCUGGUCAAUCUUCAAUAGCUGCAUUUAAAAAGUGGCGGAUGGGUGGACCUCGACUCCAGAUAGCCCCUCUUCUAGGGAGAAAGAGGAAACCAACUGGGUAGGUGGCGGUUCUAUGAUUCACAUUUGUGUUUCAUGCAUCUAGGAAGUCCAGCCCACUGAAUAACGAUAUUCAAGUACCUCGAGUUUUAUCUUGGCUUGCCUCUUCAAAAUCUGUUGGAGUUGUACUGCAAACAAAUAGUGUAAGUUCACGGUCAUUAGAUUUCAAAUGAAUUUGUGGUACUUCCCUGUACAAUAAAAUUCUUCAAUAUGCCCUUGAUAGAGCAUUGUAUUGCUAUAAUAUAUUUGACGAAUGGUUUUAUUUAUCACACCUGUGAUUACCUUUAUUUAAUUGCCCCUGGCGAUAUAGGACAUUUAUUUCAACAA